AUGCCGGUGCUGCCGUUCCCCUGUCCCCAGCCCCAGGACAUGGAGGCCGCGCUCCCUCGGACGGGCAGGUGCCCAGAACCUGGACCUUCCUCCUCCACCGCACCUCCACAGACCUCGACUCCUUCGAGGCCCAGUCACUACCUUCUCAUUGACACCCAGGGUGUCCCCUACACUGUGCUGGUGGAUGAGGAGUCACAGAGGGAGCCUGGGGUCGAUGGGGCUUCGGCCCAGAAAAAGUGCUACAGCUGCCCGGUGUGCUCAAGGGUGUUUGAGUACAUGUCCUACCUUCAGCGACACAGCAUCACCCACUCAGAAGUGAAGCCCUUUGAGUGUGACACGUGUGGGAAGGCGUUCAAGCGGGCCAGCCACCUGGCACGGCACCAUUCCAUCCACAGGGCGGGCGGUGGGCGGCCGCAUGGCUGUCCGCUGUGCCCACGCCGCUUCCGGGACGCGGGAGAGCUGGCCCAGCACAGCCGUGUGCACUCUGGGGAGCGCCCGUUCCAGUGCCCACACUGCCCGCGCCGCUUUAUGGAGCAGAACACUCUGCAGAAGCAUACGCGCUGGAAGCAUCCAUGAGUUGCGCCGGGACCAGAGUCCCUUGAAUCUCCCAGGCCCCACUAAGUUGCAGGUGGCUUUUAGGGUCCUGGACGCGCGUGCACACACACACAUACACACACCCUGGCCUACUCUUGCAGUGAGUCCUGUCAGGAGGAAGGAAAAGCCAUGGGUUUUGGCUGAGUCUUCACACAGAAUGAAGUCCUCUGGUCUCAUAUUUGGGACAUUCCCGGUAUAGGGCUGACCAAGGGGCAGAUGCUGUGUGUGUGGAAACUCCUGUCCCAGCCCCGUGGCCGGGCACCCUCAGGAACCCUUUUGAUGCACAUGGGCCUGAACAUACGGUACAUCACGUUUGCAGUGGUGCUGAGCACUUUGGAGACAGUGUCAUGGAUGGCUGCCCAACACUAAGUAGGAAGAGCUCAGCUGGCCUGCUGCAGAGUUGGAGGAUGGCCCACCCUGCAGACUUGCGUCUUGUUGGAAGUGUCUUAAAACUUUUUAAAAAACAUCCACUGUAACAUACAUGUUCUAUAUAACAACUGGUAUGCAGAUACACAGUGUAUAUCAAAUUUAACAGUAGUUGCAAGACACCCCAAUUUUUUGACCAUAAUUUUUAAAAACGUAGAGCCCAUCCUACUGUAUUAAAUUCUUCACCCAUGAACCUAUCAUUUGAAAAACACUGAUCUAGGGCAGGUGGCUCCCCCUGGACUUUCGGACCCAGGCUGAAACUUCUCCAAAAAGCAAAGCAGGAGGGCAGCAGGUUGCAGCAGCAGGGGGAGGGGAGCGCACUCAGCUUUGCUCUGUGCUCUCCCAGAUGCAUGUGGCAGAUCAAGGGGUGACAAACGAGUUGAGUUGAGCCUCAAGCUUAAUAAACAUAGGCCUUUUGAUGUC